CUGUGACAGGGGUGAGGCUGCAAGGCUGCAAGGCUACAAGUUUGAAGGCCAGGCAAUAAGGCACCCUAUUUGUAUCCAACACCAGUCUUGGCGCACAUGUCGCUUGCUCUCUCUCCAAAAUUCAACCACCACAUCGACAUCGACGCUGCAUCGUGAUUAUCUCUCUCGACACCACCACCCAACACACCCAGACAUCUCUUGAAGCAACACUCGGUCAAGAUGUCAGCAGCACAGACUACCAUGUCCAAGCGGAGGAAGUUCGUUGCAGACGGUGUUUUCUACGCCGAACUCAACGAAUUCUUCCAGCGCGAACUCGCCGAAGAAGGCUACUCCGGCGUCGAAGUGCGCGUGACCCCGACCGUCACCGACAUCAUCGUCCGCGCGACCCACACGCAAGAGGUCCUCGGCGAGCAAGGCCGCCGCAUCCGCGAACUCACCUCCCUCAUCCAGAAGCGCUUCAAGUUCCCCGAGAACUCCGUCUCCCUCUACGCCGCCAAGGUGCAGAACCGCGGGCUGUCGGCCGUUGCGCAAUGCGAGUCGCUCCGAUACAAGCUGUUGAACGGUCUGGCUGUCCGGAGAGCGUGCUAUGGUGUGCUGCGGUUCAUCAUGGAGAGUGGCGCGAAGGGGUGUGAGGUGGUGGUUUCUGGAAAGCUGAGGGCUGCGCGUGCCAAGAGCAUGAAGUUCACCGACGGCUUCAUGAUCCACUCCGGUCAACCCGCCAAAGACUUCAUCGACUUCGCUACCCGCCACGUCCUCCUCCGCCAAGGUGUCCUCGGGAUCAAGGUAAAGAUCAUGCGUGGCGCCGACCCCGACGGCAAGGCUGGCCCGCAGAAGGCCCUUCCCGACUCCGUCACCGUCAUCGAGCCCAAGGAGGAGCAGCCGGUCGUACAGCCCAUGAGCCAGGACUACGGCGCCAAGGCCAUCCAGGCACAGCAGGCCGCGGAGCAGCAGAGGCUGGAGGAGCAGGCCGCGGAGGAGCAAGGGGAGGAGCAGCCGCAGCCGGCUUUUGAGCAGUAGAGGAAAAGAGGGGGGAAGUGGAUUGCUUUAUGGCACGGGCAGGUGAUGCCGUCGGACUACGAUGGCUCAUGGAGUAAAUUUUUAGGGUGUCAAAAGCAUAACUUCAAUGAAGCAAUGGCAUGUUCAAGUAUCAACGUGCCUGUCAUUCGAGAACCAGACAGACGUCCAUGAGAAUGGGGUUAUUGCCCUCGGUGUUUCCAUCCGGAUCUUGGGAAGCGUGAUGUUUC